CUCUCAGUCUCAGCCGACGCCCUCCUUCCUCCCCUCGCUUCUCCGCCGCCACUUCUCCUCGCCCUCGCGCACUCCACCGCCGCCGCCGCCUCUCGUCUCCGUCUCCAACCAAAGAUAAUGGCGUCUCUGGCCCGCGCCGCCGCCUCCGCCGCGAGGGCCGCGCUCCGCCCGGCGCCACUCGCCGGCCGCGUCCUCGGCUCGCCGCUCCCCACGCCCCUGGCCCCCGCCCGGGCCGCCCGCAUCCUCCGCAGGUCGGCGGCGGCGGCGUCCGCGGGGCUGGAGACGCUGAUGCCCCUGCACAGCGCGGUGGCCGGGGCGCGGCUGAGGUCCUGCAUCGCCGCUGACUCCUCCUGCUGGAGCUCGCUGUCCCAAGGUUUAAAAAAGCGCAUCUGAUCAUGGCUAGGAGCUGUGCUGCAGUGAAGCGAAGACACACUGAGUUUAAACAAAUUGCAUUUAUUUGCAGAUAGUUCUAGAACUCCAGUUUUUGCAGUUGCUCCAUGUGUGUACUCCUGUUAGCACAAUAAUGGAGCAAGCAAAAAGUUAGUUCCUUUGUAACAACAUGCUUGACUCUGGUUUUCAGUCAAUCUUGAUAAUGACCAAAUGCAUUCCUGUUUUUAUUUUGAGCCGGAGAUAAAGCAACUCGUAAUUGAAAUGAGGCAACGAUUGUGUAUUCAUGACCUGACUUGCUCUUAUAUUUGGUGAUAUAGGAUAUGCUUUGCCUUUGUGACAGAGAGCUGCACCUGAAGAAAUCAAUGAACAUUAUUAGGAAUUACAGACAUUGCGUUCUGGGCUGUAACACCUAGAUAACUGUGUGGUGUUGCCUUCAAACUUGUUUUGGUUUUGUAAUGUGCUUCAACUGGGUUUUUUGAAUAAUAUCUGUUGAUCCUGGGAUCUAUGGCCCAUGAAUUAUCCUCUUCAGUACGAUUGAUUGUUGCUGCGUUU